AUGUCAUCAUCAUCAUCAGUCUCUGAUGGAAUUAUCAAAUUUUCGACACAAUAUUCGAUUUAUAUUGGCUGUAUUACAUUUUGUUUUGGAGUUAUUGGUAAUGCGUUGAAUCUUCUUGUUUUUACUCAACUGAAAGUAUUUCGAACUAAUCGAUGCGCCUUCUACAUAACUAUUGAAUCAAUUUCCAACUUAAUGUAUCAAUUUUUAUCUAUUACUACAACUAUUUUAACAUCAAUAUAUGGAGAUGAUGCAACAGAACGUUCUUCAAUUUGGUGUAAAUUCAAAUACAUAUUGGCACAAAUAUGUGCGCUCACUACUUUUUAUAUGAUAUGUUUUUCUGCUGUUGAUCAAUUCUUUUCGACAAAUCAUCGUUUUAAUUUAAGACAAAUGUGUACAUUGAAACUUGGUCGAUAUAUUUCAUUUAUAUUCAUUUGUUUUGCGAUCAUUCAUAGUAUUGCACUUGGCUCUUCUUUUGAUAUUCAACCAACAUUUGGAUGUGUUCUAUCGAAUUAUGUAUGGAUUGAGUAUUCAACAUUCUUCUUUUAUCCAAUUUUAAUUGGUUUUCUACCUAUUAUAAUUGCAUCAUCAUUUAGUAUCUUAGCUUACCAUAAUGUUCGUCAUAUACUCCGACAACAAUUACCAAUUGUUCGUCGUAAACUAGAGAAACAAAUAACAGCAAUGGUUCUUAUGCGUGUAAUCGUCUUUGUUUGUUUGACACUACCUUAUAUUACUUAUCGUAUCUAUGUCAUUAAUGUUCCUAUAUCACAAAGUUUACCUAUGGCAUAUGCAAUUAGUCGAUUGAUUCAAGCAAUUUUUACUUCUAUCAACAUUAUAAAUUCUGUUAUCAACUUUUAUAUUUUUAUAAUAUUCUCAUCACGUUUUCGUCGUCAAGUAAAACUUGUUCUAGUAAAAAAAUGUUGGCAACGAUGCAAAUAUUGGUGUUGCUCCAUAAAUAAUCGAGUCGAACCGGACAACAAUAUUGAAACACCCAAUUCACACAUGGAAUCUGAUGAAAAUAUCUAA